GUUCUACGACCCCUCCAUCCCACCACCACGCGACAACCCGCUUCCGAGCGGCGGCGCCAUUUUCCUCAACCAAAAAAUUUGGAGGGUGAUCUGAUGCAAUCCAGACACCAUACCUAUACCAAAGCUUAACAGCUGUCAUUUGCCCAGCCGGUCGUUCACGGUCUUCAACUUUAUAGAGUUUCUCGGUACACGUGCGCGCACUCUGCGACUUUUUGCCAAUCAUGGCGCCCAUCCCCAUCACAAUCAUCACCGGUUUCCUCGGCUCCGGCAAGACGACGCUGAUCCUCAACCUCCUCCCCCAGCUCAAGGCCGCGAACCCGUCCUACAAGCUCGCCCUCCUGAAGAACGAAUUCGGCGACCUGGCCGUCGACUCCCAGCUGGCCUCCUCCAACGCAAUCUCGGGCGUGCAGGAGCUCCUCAACGGCUGCAUCUGCUGCAACCUCGUCGGCCAGCUCAGCGUCGCCCUCGCCGAGCUCCACGCCACCGUCCGCCCGGACCGCAUCGUCAUCGAGACGAGCGGCUCUGCUUUCCCCGCGACGCUGGCCCUCGAGGUCAACCGCCUCGCGCGCGAGACGGGCAACUAUACCCUCGACGGCGUCAUCAGCGUCAUUGACACGGAGAAUUGGAAGGGGUACGAGGAUACGAGCUACACGGCGCGCAUCCAGGCAAAGUACACGGACUUGAUUGUGUUCAACAAGUGGGAGCUGUGCUCUGAGGACCGCUUCGAUGAGGUUCUCGACAGAGUGGGCGACCUCGAGGUGGAUAUUCCCUGGGUCAAGAGCAAGAAAGGCUGGGUUGGCGCUGAGCUGGUCUUUGGCGUGGACGGUGGUCUCGCGCAGGGUCUUACGGAGGAGCACACACAUGAUCACGACCACAAGGGGGAGGACCACUCGCACGACCACCAGUCAGAGGUCGAGGUUCUCUCUAUCGAACUCAAGGGUCCCAAGGAUGCGGCUGUCAACGCUGACAGCUUGCAGAAGCUGCUGCGCGCCGCGCCGAAAGACGAGGUGUACCGCAUAAAGGCUGUCUUAACCGCGUCGUCGACGGUGAGAGACUCUGACGAGGACUCUCAGGUCCCCACACCACCGCAUCCCAAAUCUCGCUACAUUCUCAACUGGGCCUUUGGUCGGUGGACCUUUACGCCAAUCGCAGAGGGUGGAGCCGAGCACGCCUCCAGUGAGGGAGCCUUGCUGCGUAUGACUAUGAUUUUGGGACGUUACGAGAGUGGCAAGUGGAAGAAGAAGCUCGAGACUGGGUCUUUCCUGGAAGUCGAGGGCGCCGAGGGUGAAUUGAUUGUUACCAAGAUCGCAUGAAAAGAAAUUAAUAGACGAGAAGAUGACUUAGAGACUCACACGACAAAAAAGGCGCAUACAAGGAGCUUCAUGGGUAUGAUGUAGAUUUUGAGGCAUAGCAACGCGAAGAGAGCAGAAGUUAGUUGAGAGCGUAAAUUUAGAGCAAUCGCCACACUUCGAAGUGUUGGAAAUGCUGCAGGUGUUGAGAGUUCGAGUAAGACUUUGAAUUGCAAUUCCGUCCCUAAGAUAUCUGUGGGGGAAGCUUCAAGGCGAACGCGGAUAUACUUGAGAUUGUCUUAAAAUGAAAAAGUGUAGACAUGGCUGGCAGGCA